UGCUUCUUCUUCGUCUUUUUUUAAACUGCGGAACGUGUUUGUCGCGUUGCUGAUUCUCAAAGUUCAUAAAUGUGAGCGUCUCCUCGUCUGUUUCGAUUGGCUGGUUGAACAGAGAGCGAUGGCCGGUCCAGAGCUCUUGUUGGACUCCAGUAUUCGUCUGUGGGUGGUCCUGCCCAUUGUUUUCAUCACCUUCUUUGUCGGGAUCAUCCGUCACUACGUCACCCAGCUGCUCCACAGCGACAAAAAGGUCGACCUGGAGCAGGUCUCUGACAGUCAGGUGCUCCUGCGCAGCCGCAUCCUCCGAGAGAAUGGAAAGUAUAUUCCCCGACAGUCUUUUGCCAUGAGGAAACAUUAUUUCAACAACGCAGAAACUGGCUUCUUCAAGAAGGUCAAGAGGAAGGUCGUCCCCAAGAAUCCCAUGACAGACACCAGCAUGUUGACGGACAUGAUGAAGGGAAACCUGACCAACGUCCUGCCCAUGAUUGUGAUUGGUGGAUGGAUAAACUGGGCUUUCUCUGGAUUCGUCAUAACCAAGGUGCCGUUCCCUCUGACUCUGAGGUUCAAGCCGAUGUUACAGCGAGGGAUCGACCUGCUGUCACUGGAUGCUUCCUGGGUGAGCUCAGCGUCCUGGUACUUCCUCAACGUGUUUGGACUGAGGAGCAUGUACAGCCUCAUACUGGGACAGGACAACGCUGCUGACCAGUCACGGAUCAUGCAGGACCAGAUGACAGGUGCUGCCAUGGCGAUGCCCCCUGACCCCAACAAGGCUUUUAAGAGCGAGUGGGAGGCGCUGGAGAUCGUGGAACACAAGUGGGCACUGGAGAACGUAGAGGAGGAGCUGAUGUCCAGAGACCUGAACUUUGGAACUUUCUUCAGCCAGGACAUCAAGUCCACAAUGUUCUAGAUCAGCCAGGACCUGUGAGCUCUGCUAGAACCCAGAUACGAGAACACAGGGCCUGCAGGGUGUGUGAAGGUUCUGAAGGUUCUGGAACACAGUACACACAAAUCCUAGAAUUAAAGAAAUGAAGAUGUGUCUGAAAUCAGUCUUCACUACCUCAGGCUAUUAGCCUUUUGGUGAACCUCUAGACUAAGUGUGUAAAGGUCAUGUGCUACAUAGUGCCUUCACAAAUUUACACAAAGGAACAAAAGUAUAUUACACAUAAUGACAUGGACACGACUGCAGCUCUUGUUACGAAUCAAUGCAGAACUUGAACUUCGCUCCUGAGACAUGCAGAUGCAAAACGACGAUUCAGUGUCUGAAAUUCAGUUUAAUAACUCACAAUGAUAAAUCAUGACAUGGCCGAUGUUUUUAUUAAACAUUUUGUCAAAAAUUAACUUAAAUGGGUCUUGAAUACAUCCACUUACAAACAUUUUCCAGAGCUUUCCAAACAAUCACAGUCUUCAUCAAAUAUUAGGUUGUUGCCUCAGUUGUCAUCAAGAGGUGUUGGUAUACAUCUAAAAAAAAAAAAACACU